CCUCGCCGGCUUCCGUAGAGCUAGCUAAAGACAGACGUGUAUCUCAGCGUCAUUUGUCCAGCCCCGUACGGUUUGACAGCGACGUGAUGCGUGAUUCUGAUCGGGUUUAAUUCGCUGAUAAGUCACUAAUGUAUCGUUACAAGGAUGUCGUCAGAUUUAAUGUUAGACUUUAUCAACCAUCAGCAAUACCCAGGUAUGGAUAGUGAGGCUGCCAUCACCUCCAUCGACCAGGGAGGAGAGGAGUGGGACAUAAGUCUGUUCGAUGAGCUGGAUGACCUGGGAGACGCAGACGAGCUGCUGGAGGCCCUCCAGAGUGCCGCUUAUGUGAAUGAGGGUCCAGAUCUGGAUUUUGAUAUCGACAUUCCUCAGUGGAGCGACGGGGUGUCAGGAAGCACCUGCACAGAUGGCGACGUGAGUGAGGACUCGCUCUCACCAGCUCACACUUUCAGUUCCGUUCCCUCGCCGUCCUCCGUGGAGGCGCCGUCGCCUUACUCCUCUCAAGAUGAGGCCCUGUCUCCACAGCAACAGCCGUCUCCGGUUUCAGUCUGUUCAGAUUCCAGCGGCUUUUCUAAGGUCUCUCCACCACCUAAGAAAGUUCCCAGGAGGACCACAAAGACCACACAAGCUCAGCCCCUCAAGAGGCCGAUUCAGACCGGCCCAAAGAUCUCCAUCCAGCCCAAACCCAUCAUCACAACGGUGCCGCUGGCCACCACUCCAGCGGCCCUGCAGCCCAAAACCAUCAUCAUCCAGCCCCUGCAGACCACUGUGCUCCCGGUGGUAAAACAGACUCCAGUCAGUAUCCAGCCAGCGCCCCCCUCAGGUCCGUCCAUUGUGCUGUCUCAGCCAAGCCAGCUGCUGCAGAUCCAAACACCGCAAGCCAUCACUGGAGGGGUGGUUGCCAUGCCGACCCUCAGCCAGGACAGGCCCGUUUCUGUAUCUGCCCCCCCUCUGGUUUCUGUCCAGCUCCGCUCCCCCUCCUCAGACGACGACUCCAAGUUGUCCCAGCGGCAGCAGCGCAUGAUCAAGAACAGAGAGUCGGCGUCACUGUCCCGGAAAAAGAAGAAAGAGUACCUGAUGUCCCUGGAGGCUCGCCUCAAACUGGCGUUGUCUGAAAAUGCGGUGCUGAAGUCUGAGAACGGCAGCCUGAAGAAGCAGCUGGAGGGCCUGCUGAGUGAGAACACAGUCCUGAAGGCAACCGCCCCCAAGAGGAGAGCCGUGUGCCUCAUGGUGGUCCUGGUCUUCCUCGUGCUCAAUGUCGGACCAACGAGUCUGCUUCAAGGAGGCCCAGACUCCAGCCUGGAAGUUGCUCCCAUGCAGCCCAGCGGCAGACACCUGCUGGGUUUUUCAUCGGAGGCUGAAACAGAGGCGGUGACGGAUCCCCAACGAGGCAGCUCGCAUUCUGGAGCAUCGGACAGCGCUGGCGGUAAGGCUUUGAUGGUGGUGAAGGAUCCCGUCUUCCUCAGGCCGCCUCCCCCCUGUCAACCUUCUAUCAACAGGACCAAAUGUAUCCAGCUGGCUCAUGAGCUCAGUGGUUGGGUCCACCGCCAUGAAGUGGAGCAGACCAAAUCCAGACGAAUGAGCAGCAGCCCCCACCGACCCACCAGGACCACUCUGAAAAGCUACUUAAAGCGGAGCAAAGAGGCGGACGACGCUCAGAUUGUGACCGUCCCGUACGCAGGAACCACUGAGGGGAAGAGCCCUGGCAGCGAGCUGCAGCUCUACUACGCCCCAAAACACGUUUACAGCGACUUUUUUGAGGAGCUGAACCGUCAGGCGGACACGUUCUACGUGGUUUCUUUCCGAAGGAUUCCAUCAUCGGAGGAAAAGACUUCCAGGUGAUGAUGCAGAUCGACUGUGAGGUCACCGACACCCGGAUCCUCCACAUCCGCUCCUCCAGCAUCCCGCCGGUGCUGCGGGUCAACGACACCUUCUACCAGCACUCCUCCACGGACAGCAAGGCCACGCCCCCCGUCGGCGUCCUGAUGGGGUCGGCCUAAGGUCACCCUCAAAGCAGGGGAAGGGUUUUGGAUCUGUGUUUGAGUCUGUCUGCUGUGAGUUUCCCUGACCUGGAGUCUGAGUCGGUCCGAGUGAGAGCGAACUCUAAGAGCGACUUUUGAUUUCUGAAACGUUCAGUUCAUAAAAACAUGAAACUCAGGAAGUCAAUUAACCAAUUAGCCACUCGGACGCUCGUUUAUUUAGAAAGGUGUGUGGGGGAGGGGCUGUUUGCACUGUGGUCUAAACUCAUGAACGGAUUUUCAAACUGUACAUAUUUAAUGUUCACUUCUGUUUUUAAUAUAAAUCCUUCAUUAUUUUUGUGUGUUCUUUCAAAAGUUUCUUUGCUUUCUGGAAAAGCUUUGCAUAAAGUUUUACUUCAUCAAAGUCUGCAGUGAAGAGAAAAAAGGACAUUAAAGAUGCUAGAAUCUUCUGAGUGGUUACCAUGGUGACGAUCCUGAAACACCCACCGUUAUUCCUCUGAGUCUGUCCCAGAUUCCAGCUGAAGCUCCAGCUUCAGGUAAACUUUUGCACUUUUUUUGUAACUCGUUUGCAGACGUGCGACUGUGUCGUAACUCGGCAGAAAAAAAAACAGCCGUUGGACUCAAAAGGAUCACAUUUGUAAAGUUUUAUUCCUUUGAAUUUGAUUCAAUCAAAAUAAACACUGGAUUUUCUGAAACCGCC